CAGCCCCUGGUCCCCCGCGCCGCCUCCUCGCCGCUGGGAGCCGCGCCCGGCGCGGGCAGCGGGCGGCCGGGGAAGCGCGGGCCGUGGGCGCCGCGGGCCGAGCGAGCAGCCUCCAAAGCCUUCCCUGUAGCAGAGAGCUGAAGUGAUGAGAAGACACCAUGGACGCCCAGUCCCACAGCUCCACGACCACUGAGAAGAAAAAAGUGGAGAACUCCAUAGUGAAGUGCUCCUCUCGGACAGAUGUCAGUGAGAAAGCCGUGGCCUCAAGCACUACUUCUAAUGAGGAUGAAAGUCCUGGGCAGACCUACCACAGAGAGAGAAGGAACGCAGUCACCAUGCAGCCACAAAGUGUUCCAGGGCUCAGCAAGAUCAGCGAGGAGCCUUCAACAUCUAGUGAUGAGCGGGCCUCAUUGAUCAAGAAGGAGAUCCAUGGGUCCCUGCCACAUCUGGCAGAGCCGGCCCUACCAUACAGAGGGGCGGUCUUCACCAUGGACCCCAGGAACGGUUACAUGGAGCCCCACUACCACCCUCCUCACCUUUUCCCUGCAUUCCAUCCUCCUGUACCAAUCGAUGCAAGACAUCACGAGGGCCGUUACCAUUACGAUCCGUCUCCAAUUCCUCCGUUGCAUGUGCCUUCUGCCUUAUCCACUAGCCCAACAUAUACAGACCUUCCCUUCAUUCGGAUCUCUCCGCACCGAAACCCCGCUGCAGCCUCCGAGUCCCCCUUCAGCCCGCCGCACCCCUACAUCAAUCCCUACAUGGACUACAUCCGGUCUCUGCACGGCAGCCCAUCCCUCUCCGUGAUCUCUGCAGCCCGUGGCCUGAGCCCCACUGACGCCUCCCAUGCUGGAGUGAGCCCGGCUGAAUACUACCAUCAGAUGGCCCUGCUGGCCGGCCAGCGCAGCCCCUACGCAGACCUCAUCCCCUCGCCUGCCACUGCGGGCGCUGGGGCCAUCCACAUGGAGUACCUGCAUGCCGUAGAGAGCACCAGAUUGCCCAGCCCCCGGCUGGCAGCCAGGCCGAGCCGAAAGCGCACACUAUCCAUAUCACCACUGUCCGACCAUAGCUUUGACCUGCAGACCAUGAUACGGACGUCUCCCAACUCCUUGGUCACGAUUCUUAAUAAUUCCCGUAGCAGCUCUUCAGCAAGUGGCUCCUACGGUCACUUGUCUGCAAGUGCAAUCAGUCCUGCCCUGAGUUUCACCUACCCGCCCGCGCCUGUGUCUCUCCACAUGCACCAGCAGCUCCUGAGCCGCCAGCAGAGCUUAGGCUCCGCCUUCGGACACAGCCCUCCACUGCUGCACCCUGCCCCGACCUUCCCAGCCCAGAGGCCUGUCCCAGGGAUUCCUGCGGUUCGGAACCCUGUGCAGGUCAGCUCUGGCCCAUCCGAGGCGUCCCAGAACAAGCCGACAAGUGAGUCGGCAGUGAGCAGCAGUGCAGACCUGACGCACAGCAAGCGGUCCAAGAUCAAAGCCGACGAAGACCUGCCCAGCCCAGGACCUCGUGGCCAGCAGGAACAGCCCGAAGGAACAACCCUGGUGAAGGAGGAAGGGGACAGAGAUGAGAGUAAGCAGGAGCCUGACGUCAUCUAUGAGACCAACUGCCAGUGGGAGGGCUGCUCACGGGAGUUUGACACACAGGAGCAGCUGGUGCACCAUAUAAAUAACGACCAUAUCCAUGGAGAGAAGAAGGAAUUCGUGUGCCGGUGGCUGGAGUGCUCGAGAGAGCAGAAGCCCUUCAAAGCGCAGUACAUGCUGGUGGUGCAUAUGCGGAGACACACAGGGGAGAAGCCCCACAAAUGCACUUUUGAAGGUUGCACAAAGGCCUACUCAAGACUAGAAAACUUGAAAACUCACUUGAGAUCCCACACUGGAGAGAAACCGUAUGUCUGUGAGCACGAAGGCUGCAACAAGGCUUUCUCUAAUGCCUCAGAUCGUGCCAAGCACCAGAACAGAACACAUUCGAACGAGAAGCCGUAUGUGUGCAAGAUCCCAGGCUGCACCAAGCGCUACACAGACCCGAGCUCCCUCCGCAAACACGUGAAGACAGUGCAUGGCCCUGAGGCUCACGUCACCAAGAAGCAGCGUGGAGACAUUCAUCCUCGGCCCCCGCCACCACGAGAUCCUGGCAGCCACUCACAGUCCAGGUCGCCUGGCCGGCAGACUCAGGGAACCCUUGGGGAGAAGGACCUCAGCAACACUACCUCAAAACGAGAAGAAUGCCUGCAGGUGAAGGCCGUCAAGGCAGAGAAGCCCAUGACAUCUCAGCCGAGCCCUGGUGCUCAGUCUUCAUGCAGCAGCCAACAGUCCCCCCUCAGCAACUAUCCCAACAGUGGGCUCGAGCUUCCUCUGACCGAUGAGGGCGGGGUGGGAGACCUCGGCGCCCUCGACGACAGCCCAAUCAUGGACUCGACCAUUUCCACGGCGACCACGGCCCUCGCCCUGCAGGCCAGGAGAAACCCGUCAGGGACCAAGUGGAUGGAGCACGUCAAACUGGACAGACUCAAACAAGUGAAUGGAAUACUUCCACGACUGAACCCCGUCCCCCCACCCAGAGCCCCUGCGGUCACUCCUCUCAUCGGAAGUGGCCCCAUGCCCGGAGGCGGCUGCAGCGCGCUGCCCGGCGUGGACAUGACGGCGCUGGGCGCGGGCAGCCGGCGGGACAGCAGCGGCAGCACGGCCAGCUCGGCCUACCUGAGCAGCCGGCGCUCCUCGGGCAUCUCGCCCUGCUUCUCAAGCCGCAGGUCCAGCGCCGCGUCCCCAGCUGGGCGGCCCCGCGCCAGCGCCGCCGACUCCUACGACCCCAUCUCCACGGACGCAUCUCGCAGAUCCAGCGUGGCCAGCCAGGGGGACGCGCCGGCCGGACCGCUCGGCCUCACGCCCGCGCAGCGCUACCGCCUCCGGGCCAGCUACGCGGCGGCCACGGGCGGACCGCCGCCCACGCCGCUGCCCCCGCUGGCCCGCCUGAGCCUGCUGGACCGCGGCCCCGCGCCCCCCGCGCCCCCCGCGCGCCGCCGCAGCGACGGCGGCCACGGCCCAGCCCGACGCCCCGUGCGCCCAACCAGGAGGGCCAGCGAUCCGGCGCGCGGACCCCCGGACCCCGCGCUGCCCCGUCCCGGGCCCCUGGACCCCGCGCUGUCCUUCCCAGGCCCCCUGGACACCGGCCUGCUGGCCCGCCCCGGGCCCUUGGACACCGGCCUGCUGGCCCGCCCUGGGCCUCUGGACACUGGCCUGCUGGCCCGACAUGGGCCUCUGGACGCUGCGCUGCCCUGUCCCGGGCCCCUGGACCCUGGCCUGCUGCCCCGACCCGGGCCCGCGGAUACCGGGCCCGCAGACGCAGACCUGCUGCCCGACGAUGUGCUGCGCUUCCUGCACGCCCAGGGCCUGGCUGCCGGCAAGACCGAGCUGCCCAUCCAGUGGAACGAGGUCAGCUCCGGCAGCGCCGACCUGGCCGCCACCGAGCCCCAGUGCGGCCCCAGCAGCGUCCCCUUGCAGCUGCCCGACCAGGCCCCCACCAGCCGCCCGCUCGGGGCCCCGCUGAGCAGCGCCCUGAUGCCGCCCGCCGCCCCGGGACACGGGUACGAGGGGACCCUGCCGCAGGGGGCGGGCCGCGCUGGGCCACCGGGGAUCGGGCAGAUCGGUGCCACCGCCCUCGCCAGUACCUAUCCAGAUGGCGGCCUGCCGGGCCUGGCCAACGGGAGCAGCCACCUCUCGGGCUGGGCCGUGUCCAGGGGCUACCAGCCGUGUGUGAGCUAUGGAAGCAGCUGGCGGCAGGCCGGGCCCAGGGCCGGCCUGUCCCUCGGCGACACCAGUCAGCCCUGCAGGGUGAGCGGCAUCAAGACGGAGGCACCGGCAGCGCCACUGCUGCGCUGCCCCGGCCUGCAGGGCUACUCCGGGCAGUUCUACGGCCAGGCCGAGGGCUUCUGUCAGCAGGACAUGAAGGCAGCUCCCUUCUGCGUCCCGGAAACCAGCUGCCUGCUGGAGGGGAGCAGCUCUGAGAGCGCCGAGCUGCUGUCCCCAGGGUCUAACCAGGUGACCAGCACCGUGGAUGGCCUGGACAGCCACGACCUGGAAGGGGUGCAGAUCGACUUUGAGGCCAUCAUCGAUGACGGGGAUCAUGCCAGCCUGAUGUCGGGAGCUCUGAGCCCGAGUCUCAUUCAGAACCGCUCGCACAGCUCCUCCCGCCUCACCACGCCGCGGGUGGCCCUGCCACUGCCCGCGCUGGCCAUGAGUGCCACCAACAUGGCCAUCGGGGACAUGAGCUCUCUGCUGACCUCCCUUGCGGAGGAAAGCAAAUUCCUUGCAGUGAUGCAGUAG